AUGCAUACAGCAGCUCUUCUUACAUCAGGUCUUGCUCUCGUCGGGUCCGCACUCGCUAAUACCGCUUACCAGGUCCUCUGGGAUAAUGGCGAGUGGGCCGACCCUUCCAUCUUCCACGACGUCAAUGGCAAUGGUUACUACUACAUCUACGCGACGGGAGCCAGUGGACCCAACGUCCGGAUGGCCAGGUCAGUGGAUAACGCCAAAUCAUUCCAGGACAUCACGGCGGAUAUUAGCAAAGAUCCUCUCCCGAAGCUUGGAGGAUGGGCUACGUCUCCGCCAACAACGGCGCAGGUUUGGGCGCCGGAUGUUAUUAGACUGCCAAGCGGCAAGUAUGUAAUGUACUACAGCGCCAUCUCCGAGUCCGCGACAACGUUCCCCGUCCGACACUGCGUGGGUGCCGCAACAAGCGACUCCCCUGAGGGCCCAUUUACACCGAUCGAGCAAGCGCUAGCCUGUCCCCUGGAAGAUGGGGGCGCGAUCGACCCGAACGGCUUCAUCGACACGGACGGCUCGAUCUACGUGAUAUACCAAGUCUGCGGCAACGCCAUGGGCAAGGGCGGGACAUGGAUCAUGGCGCAGAAACUAUUAUCGGACGGAGUGACACUGGACCCAUCAUCGGGUCCAGUGAAGCUCUUUGAGAGCGCGGAAAUUGACGGGAACAAUGUCGAGGCGCCGAGUGUCACGAAGAGGGGAGACACGUACUUCUGUGGCUUCUCGUCAAACAACUGGAACUCGAGCUUUUAUGAUACUUCAUAUGCUGUCUCACAUGCGAUCCAGAGUACAUAUACGAAGCAGGGCCCGCCGAUCGCGCCGCUGUUAACCAGUAAUACGAAGGAUGGGAACUCGGGCAAGGACCUGUACGGACCCGGCGGUGCGGAUUUCUUGGAUGGAGAAGACCUUAUGGUGUUUCAUGCUUGGGCUGGUACUCCGGGCGAUGGCUACCGUCACGUUUGGAUUGCAAAUGUCAGCUUUGAUCCGGAUCAAGAAUCGAUCACCUUGCUGUAA